AUGGAGCUUUUGACGAAAAAGGAGGAAUCUUCAUAUAGUGAACUCAUAAAAACACUCGAAAGAAAUGUAGCGAUCUUACGAAUAGAAAAUCACUAUAAUUUAAAAAUCAAUUACGAAUUGGAUAUUAAACUCAUGUGGUUUCAUAAUAUAUCACGUAGUCUCACAGAUAAACUUAAUUCUUUAUGGAAAUUAGCUGAAGCAUAUCAACCAACAGAAAAUGAAAUAAAACAAUUUGCCGAUCAAAUUUCAAAUUCGUGGACUUGUGUAAAUCGUCAGAUUUAUGAAAAAUAUUCUAAGAUUCGAAUGGCUAGUCGAACAUUACAUGGAGUACCAUUAUCAUUACUUCUGGAUAAGAUAAAAAAAGAAAUUUUUCUAUUGAAACAAAUUUGUGAGUCUGCUUAUGAUCAUGAAUAUAUAUUAAAAGGAUACAAGUUAAUUAACGAAAGCGAAGAACUUAUAAACAUUUUAAAAAAGUGUGACAGCAAGUUACAGCAAUACUUAUCUAUAUCAAAUAUUACUCCACAUUUAAUAAAAUUGGAAUCUGCAAUUGACAAAUAUGUUACCAAUGUUGAAUUAUUACCUACAAAAAAAUCAUUUUUACCUGACUUAAGUAUUUUUUCGUUAGUUGCGAAAUUAUUGACUGGUGAAUUACUCGGUUAUGAAUCUAUAGAUCCUAAUUACGUUCUAAUCGAAAAUAUGCCUAAAAAACCGGUUUUUAUUAUCAAAAAUGUUAAACGUAAAACGAUUUAUCCAUAUUAUCCAACAUAA